AUGGCCGCCCAAAAGAAGUUGAUCGACGAGCUCAUUAGUAGUGGAGUGCAGCCCGAGCCUGCGCCUGUCAGACAAUCGGAAUCCGAACCAUUUGUCAUUCCUCCAAUUCAAACCACUUUUGAGGGAGUUUUCAACCCGCAGUAUACUUACACUCAAAAUCCUCCGUUCUAUCCUCUCUAUGGGCAAGGGUUUCAGCCUCAAGGUGGUCAAGGUGGUCCAAACAUGCCUCUGGAUCCACAAGCUUUUUAUCAGACUACCGCAGAGCCUGUUGCGCUGGAGCACACUGUUCAAACCAAGCCAGAAAUGGGAGAGUCGUCCGCCCCGGUUGAUAUGAAGUUACUCAAGCGGUUGGAUCGUUUCAAUGAAUUCAUCAGGAAAAGCCAAGGUUUAAACAAACAAGGGGUGUUAGACUAUGAUGAUCUGUGCCUGUUUCCAAAUGUACAGCUGCCCGUGGGGUUUAAGACCCCGAAGUUUAAUAAAUAUGAUGGUACGGGCAAUCCUAAGACACACUUGCGUUUGUUUGCCAACAAAUUGGGAAGACCGGUGGAUGACGAAAACUUGCCAUUAAGGUUAUUUCCAGAGAGUCUAGAAGGAGACGCCCUUGAUUGGUAUUCAAACUUAAAGCCAGAGGAGGUGAAGACUUGGUUUGAUCUGUCCAAUGCCUUCAUCAGACAGUACGAAUAUAACUGUGAGCUAGCACCGACCAGAACUACUUUGGAAGGCACCAAGAGGCGACCAUCUGAAGAUCAUAAGACAUACGCCAAAAGAUGGAGGAAGAUAGCUGCCAAGGUUGAGCCUCCGAUGACCGAAGAUGAAAUUAUUCGCACUUUCAUAAAGGCGCAUGAUCCUCCAUACUUCGAAGAAAUCUUCCGUAUGACUGGGUGUACGUUUGCUGUGAUUGUGAAUAAACUCGAAGAGUAUGAUGAUUUUGUGAGAGUUGAAAAAAUUGUUAACGUUUCUGCCCUAAAAUCACAAGUAGAAGCUUUACAAGGGCAGGGGAGCAGUGGAAAGAAGCCGCAGUUUAAAAAGAAAGAGGGGGAGGCAACUUUUAUCUGGAACCAGAACCCUUCACCCAAACCCCGAUACCAACACAAUCCAACCUACCAACCACAUUACCCUUAUUAUUCAAACCCGCACCAUGUAUAUACUACCAAUAUCCAUCACCCUCGGCCUCGCCCAAGCUAUCCUAACCCACCUUUAGCCCAUUUUCAAAUCUCUCAACCAAAUCCACCCCAAAACCGACCUCGCCCUCCAUAUAACCCAAGAUUUCCUCCCCUAAAUAGACCUGUUUAUAGUCAUCCUCAACCUCCUGAACCUUACAACCAAUCCCGUAGCCGUACAUUUACCGAUUUAGGCAGGCCUCUAGACCAAUUGUAUGACCAGUUGAAGGCCGCCGGAAAGAUUGGCACGGUACCCCCUCUGACCUAUCCAUAUGGCAUAUACGCUGGGUAUAACCCACAAGCCGUCUGUGCUUAUCAUUCAGGGGCACCCGGACAUUCGACUGUUGAUUGCAAGGCUCUUAAGCAUAGAAUUCAAGAUAUGAUUGAAGCCGGAGAGAUUGUAAUCAGGAAAAAGGAGGCACAAGGGCCGAAUAUAAAUAGGAACCCCUUGCCUGAACACGCUAAUACCAUUGGAGUCAUUCUGGACGAUGCAGAGUAUGAGGAGCAAGUCAAAAAAUUGGCAAGGGAAGCUGAGGUGUUUGGGAUCACAGACCAACCAUUUAUAAUAGAGGUGCCGUUUGAGGAGGAUAAAAGGCCUUUUAUUUUGGAUCUCACUCUAGCUGAGAGCAAGGCUUUGGAGCCAAUGGUCAUCGAAUUUCCGGAGCAGGAGCCUGUUCUGAGUUUGCAGCGAGUGCCAUGGAACUACGAUGAACCUGUCAUACAAAUUGGAGAAAAGUCAAUUGCCAAAGAAGAGGUGUCAGUGGUCACUAGACCAGGGAGGAUUGCAAGUCCGUUUGGAGCUACCAUUCCGAUUCAAACAAAUAACCCCGAGCUGCCCGCUAAACCAACAAUUACCGAGAAGGAAGCCUUGGAUUUUCUUAAAAGGCUCCAAAGAAGCGAAUAUAAUGUAGUCGAGAAGCUAAGCAAGUCGCCCGCCCAAAUAUCCAUGUUGGAUCUGCUCUUUUCUUCGGAUAUGCAUAGGGAUGCGUUGCUCGAAGUGUUGACCAAAGCUCAAAUCCCUAAGGACAUUUCGGUUGCUAAUUUCUGA